AUAAUAUGAACAUGUAUUUUUCAGUUCUCAGGCAGACCCAAUGUCAGGUGAUGAUACCGCCAGAUCAGCAAGUAAGACAGUUUGGACACCUUAUGCCACCAGGUCCAAGUCCAAAAGAAGGAAGGCUAGAAAUUUAAAGGAACUGGAGCAAGAUCAUGCAAGUGUUAAACAUAAAAGUGAACUACAAGCCAAGAGGCUAAAAGGAGAUGAAUUUGCCGGCAGCAGUCCAUCAAGUGGUAGCUACACCUGUCCAGCAUGGGUUAAAGAAGAACCUCCUGAUGUAACUCAUACUCUGGAGCAUGCAGAUGAUCAAGUUUUUAUCAAACAAGAAGUUAUAUAUAAAGAAGAGGUGUUUGGAGCUGAUGAGAAUGUUGAAAAUCAGGUAAUUUACCCUCUUCCUAAUGGUGCCAGCAAUGAAACAUCAGCAUCAACAUCUAUAGGAACUUUAGACCGUUCAGAGCUCCACAAGCGUCUCUUGAGUCCAAAACCUAUAAGCCACUUGAACCAUCCUCAUAUUCAGCCAAACAGCACAGGGAAUUCACACAUGCUUGAAAAAAAGAAAGAAACCUUAGUACUGGAUUGUCUCCAGACAAAAAUGAGGCUGUCAAGGGACCUGAUAGAAAAUAUGUUACCUACCAUAUAUAACCACAAAGUGAUUACAUGUGAUUAUAUGUCAGACAACAACAUUCCCGGACUCAACUUAGAGAUUGAUAGUACAAUAACAACGUUGGAAGACAUCAGGUCCUGGCUACAUGAAUUUAGCGAGCGUACCUGCACAAGCUGGAAAUACAGCUACGGGAUGGACUCACUCAACGGAUCGUGCAAAGUUAUGAUAGUCUGUAAUCAUUUAUUGAAAUCUAAAAGAGAAAAGGGCAAGGGAGAACAAAAUUGCAAAGCUUUCAUCCACAUCAGACUUAAUGAGGAGAAUGAUGAGAAGAUUAGUGCCAUAGCAGAAGGCUUCUCUUCAAGAAUAACCCUGUCUUUUGUUCACAACCAUCGCGUAGUAUUGGAGGAUGCAUUAGAUUUCAAUAAUAUACGUCCAGAUGUAAUUGAGAAUUUUCGUUAUUAUUUCUGCGAGGGACACACCCCAGCCAGUGCCUUCCAUUACCAUCAAACCAGGCUCUGGCUGAGAGACUUGGCUGCUGAAUCGCUGUAUGACGAUUCUCUUAAUCCAAAGCUGAGGACAGUUAGAUACAUGUGGGAAUCAUGGAAAAGGGAUAAAAGACAAAAACCUUUUAGGACUAAAUCAAAUGGUAAUGUCAAAAAGUCUCUCAUUGAUACUAUUAUUGAAAGACUACAAAAAGUGAAGCAUGAAAAGAAAGUAGAAUAUUUUAUUGUGAAAAACAUUCCGUGUAUAACUAUAGUUACUCCAAUGAUGAAACGUGCACACACUACACCAGAAGCAGGGUUGACAGUUUAUGUUGACACUGUCAAUUGUGGAAAUGACAAAGGCAAUAUAACAUAUGUGACUUGUGCCACAGCUACUGGAGUGUUACCUUUGGGUGUUGUCAUUACUGGCAAUGUAACAUGUGAUUACAGAAUUGCUUUCAAAAACCUAUCAAAACUGGUUGGGCAGAAAGCAUUUGGAAGUCGUGGAGAACCAGUAAUUUUUAUUGUUGAUGGUUUUGAAUCGUGUAAAGAAGCUCUGAAGGACUGUUUUCCUAGGAGUCAGGUUUGGAUUUGUGCCUCUCAUCUUCUGCAGUUGGUAUGGGCGUGGCUCAGUGAAGCAUCAAAUGGUAUUAAAGAACAAGACAGAACAAUACUUAUAGGCCUUGUGAAAAAUAUUUUGUAUGCUCCAACACCUGAAUUGAGUAGUCUGACAUACAAAAUGAUGUUAGCACAUGAUAUAUUCAGACAGUAUAGUGUUUUCAAAACAUAUAUGGCAACAUUAUGGAACAGGAGAGGUGAUAUUGGAUUAUUCUAUAAGUUGCCUGUACUCAACAAGGAAUUCAAUGACUUAUCGAAAAGAAUAUUCAGAGAUGCUAUUUUGAACAGAUGUCGGUCUUUUAGCUUAUUGCUACUCAUUGAUUUUGUGUGUAUUGCAGUUGAAGAGUGUUUCCAGCACAGAAUAACAGAGUUUAUAGAAAACACUGCCUGUCAGCUUACUUUUUUAAGUUGUUUAGAUUCUAAAAGUUUUCCAGAAAUAAAGACCACAAAAUUAUAUUAUAAAGUAAAUAGUAUUUUAGAUCAAGAUAUAUGGCACACUGUGGAUCCAGAACCCUCAAUUUGCUCUUGUGAGUCUGGAAAAAUUGGGGGCUUCUGUGAACACCAGCUUGCAGUUUGGAAGAUAACAAACAAGCAGCCUCUGGCAAUGCCCACUCUUGAUACAUCAGACAAGUUGAGGUUUGCCAAGGUUGCGUUUGGAGGAAUGGGUUAUGAAAGGUUUAAUAAGAUAAAGUAUGAUAUGGUGUUAAACUUGUUAAAGGAAAAUUUAGCAAGGCUAGAAGCAGUUGCUAGUCUGAAUAUUACCAAUUCUUUUAUAGGAAAGAUGAAGAAGUUAAAUGAGACUCUGGGUAAUAUCUCUAAUCUAGAUGAACUAGGUAAAUUCUGUGAAUUUGCUGGGAACAUAUAUCAACCAAAUGGUUUCCACACCCAUCCACAUGUUAUUCAGUCAGCAGUUGAUACGCUUCAGCCUCAAACCAGCAUCAGUCAGCCUCAGAAAAGUGUUGUUGAAGCUCAGACAAGUAUUGUACAGUCCCAGAGUGCAGUUACAGAGGGACUUAAUAACUGUCAAACCAGAAUUCUUCAACCAAGUGGGAUCAUUGAGCCACAGUCAAGUGUAGGAGUUGGUCCAAUCCAGUUUUUUGUUGUUCAGUCAGUGAACAAAUGAAUCAGAUCCCUUCAGAUCUGGGGGCUCUAGUAAAAAGCAUUAGUACAGCACACUGGAUAAUUCUGUCAAAAGAGACCAUGUAAAACAAUUGUACAGAAUAUUUGCACUAUAUAGUGUCAUAUCUUUUAAUUAUUAUUAUUAUUAUUAUUGCUGAUGUUCUUGCUGUUAUUAUUGUACAUUUUAGAAAAUAAAUUGUGUCAGGAAGAUCACAUCAAGCUGUCUUGUGAUGUCUAUUUUUAUAAUAAGAUCUUUUUAUAA